AUGAUUAGAAGCAGAUCAGAUAAAGAAGAAAUUAAUUUAACAGCUUCAAAUAUUGAAAACAAUUUAAUAAUAAAUGAAGAAGCCUAUAUACAAUUAAUAUUAAAAAAAGAAUUUAAAAGUGGUUAUUUCUAA